AUGGCUGCUGAGUGCUUCUUGUCAGACAGCCUUCCUCUGGUCGCGGCGACUCUGCAGUAUGGCCGGACUUUGCCAAAGAAGUAUGAGCAUUACGAAAGCAACACGCAACAUCACAAGCUCAUGCUACAGACGACAAAGGUGCCAGGUGUCCAUGCAUAUUAUGCUGAAGCCGGAAUGGGGAAGUCUACCGUUGCAGCAGCGGUACUUCAAGACCUGCAAAGCCAGGCUGUUCCUGUUCCCGCAGCUUUUGUAACCUUGGAAGCGAGUGGGAGCCUGAAGUUGCAGCUAGCAGCGAACCUCCAAACCACCACAGACAAGCUGUCUGAUCACCUUCUUGGAGCGUUAAAGAGGCUGAGCAAAGCUGGUUUCAGCGCAGCAGUGUUGGUGAUUGAUGCUUUGGACGAACACGCCCUUUCUGAGUCGGACACGGAGACAAUCAAGCUGCUCUCAGGGGUGUCUUGGAAAUUACGUCAAGAUCGAGUUUCUUCCUUCUCCGUGAUGUGUUUGGUGCGUUUGUGGAAGACAAAGCGCCUCUUCGAUCAGAUGAAUGGUGGACACAAGAUCACUGGUGGUUAUGCAAACGAGGCUUGUCCUCAAGUGCCUUCUGAUACUCUGCACAGUUACGCGAGGCGCUUGCACAUAUCGGAUGAUGGCUACAAGAAGUGGACAAAGAAAGCUCCCUACCUGAACGUUGUCAAGCGCUUUGCUGAGGGCUAUGACAGCAUGUCCCGCGUCGUGGAACAGUACCAACAACUCUGCGGCGGAGGCUCUGCACGCACGACCUCGACGGCAUCCGGCGUCUGGGUGCGGGAGCUGAUCCAAAAGGACUGCGCCGUCAGGAACUGA